AUGAACCCGUUUCACCUCUCUCCUGAGGUGCCGAAGGGACCGCCUGUAAACUCAAAAGGCAGCACCACAGCAACUCAAGACUUCGGCGAUGAGGUUCAUCAACCUGCCCAAUCAUCAACAAUGAAUCCUGCUCUAGAACCUUGUCGUGCUCCGAACAAGCUUGUGCUAUGCUUUGACGGGACUGGCAACAAGUUCCGGGGAGACGAUAGCGACAGUAACAUCUUGAAGAUCUUCAGGUGUUUGGAUCGUGAAGCUGGUGACCAGUACCACUACUACCAGCCGGGUAUCGGGACGUAUAUUACCUCGAAUUCACUUUCACAUACCAGUGUCGGGGCUCGCGUCCGAUCAUGGGUUCUGAAAGCGAAAGACUCAGCCAUCGGAUCCAGCUUCGAUCAACAUGUCGUCGGAGGGUAUCGAUUUCUGAUGCGCUUCUACGACCCAGGUGAUGAGAUUUACUUCUUCGGUUUCUCUCGGGGGGCCUAUGUGGCCAGGUUCCUCGCAGAGAUGCUCGACUUCGUCGGGCUGCUCUCACACGGAAACGAAGAGAUGGUCGCAUUCGCCUGGAAAGCGUUCUCGGAAUGGCAGGCCCGCCAGACUAGCGACAGCAGGGAGCACAGGGACAAACGCCGCGAGAUGUUCCGAUUUAUGAAAGGAUUCCGAGAGACAUUCAGCCGACCCGUGGAGAGAAUACGGUUUCUUGGCUUGUUCGACACGGUCAAUUCGGUUCCCCGGUUCGAGGCGGCUUGGAUGCAGCAGUCGAAAUUCCCGUAUACUGCGCGGAGUACCGCUAAGGUAAUCCGCCACUGUGUUUCAAUAGACGAGCGCCGCGCGAAGUUCCGGCAAGAUCUCAUCUACCAAGGCGUCGGCAGAGGUCAUAAACGCACGGAAUCUAUCGCACGUGAGAAGCUUCAUGAGAUGGUGCACGAGAGAUACCGUGCGCGGCGUCAAGCUGUUUCAGGAGCUGCAGCAAGGGACAGCACAACACGAGGCCGCCGCGAGUCUGCACCGUCUCUAGACGAAGACACAUUUCGGCCUUAUUCGCGAUCAAAGUCGCGAGAGACACGAAACUCGAAGGAGGGCACCCGAUACUCGAAGGACGUCAUCAAUCACGGCGGUGACGCCCAACCUGAGGUAUCCCAGGGGUUGUACCAAGACGACGGUGAAGACUCCGAGGAUGAUGAGCAGGAUAUUGACGAGAUCUGGUUCGCGGGCGGGCAUGGCGACGUGGGGGGAGGAUGGGAAUUGGUUCCCGGCGAGAAACCAGCCAGUCACAUACCACUCACGUGGAUGAUUAGGGAGGCUGGAAAGGCCGGCCUCAAUUUUGAUCCUGUGAAGCUAGUCGAUAUGGGAGUCUCUGAAGCUCUGCAGGACUCGGACGACCCCCCGAGCACGAAUGAGAGCCCCGACAUCCGCGUCGACGUGACCGCCCCAACACCCCUGGCGUCCUUUGAAGGUGGUCCUGUCAACGACCCAAAGGAGGAUUGGGCUCACUUCAGACAGGAGAGCAGCGAGGAGAAGAACCACGAGAAAUCCAGCCCGUUCCAUCAGAUGCUCCACCAAGCUCACGUGGCUCUCGUUCACGACUCGCUCCAGUUCGGAUCCGGCCUGACGAAGAGACAGGUAAUCAGCUGGAAGAUCAUGGAGUACAUGCCUUUCCGGAGGAUGGACCUGCAGUCGGAUGGGACAUGGAAACCCAUCCGUUGGCCGUUACCGUGCGGUGAGACGCGUGACAUCCCACAUACGGCACGUGUGCAUGGCUCUGUCAUCCGUCGGAUGCGAGAGGACAAGUCCUACCGACCCGGUAACCUCAUCGUGGGCGGGGGAGGUCGCGGCAUGCGAAGGGCCCCAGAAGAGUACGGUAUUGGAGAGUGGGAAUGCGUGACAGGACGUGGGGACCCGGUGGAGGAGGUCUGGGUGAAGAAAACUCCUUCGCCAAGUGAAUGUUGA